AUUUUUAACAGAGGAAAAGGGGUGAUCUUCAAUAGGCCAUUGUAAAUGGUGCUUUGCAGGAGCACAUCAGAUGACAAUGACAUGACAAUAACUUCUUUGAUUUGUAAAAACUAGUGCAACCAAACAAAAGCAAGACCAUGGACCUUCCUCCGCGUCCGGGCGGCGGUCGGGCUGGCGCUUCCUCCUCCUCGACCUACAGCCUCAGCGUCGUCUGCCACCAUCAGGUCGAUGUCGAUGAGGGCGCACUCGCUUCCCUCCAGACGCUGACGGAACGAACCAAUAGAGAAUUCCAAUACCUCCUACGGCGUGAAGUCGGCAGCUUCGUUUUUACGGGUAUCAGUGGCCAUUCGAGGAUACUGCUGGAGAGCGAAGAUGACCUGCAGUUGUUUCUGAAAAAUCAUGCGACGAGGCAAAAAAGGUUGAUGCGGGAUGAUCCGCAUUUCAAACCACAACAACCCGCAUUGGAGGUGCGGUUGUCGGUACUUAUAUUCGACUUUCAUUAGAGCAGGGAACUACAAUAACAGCGAGCUCUGCAGUAGAUUUGACUAGAGUUCUUGUUCUUGUCGUGGUGCUAUGUACUUUGUGAUAACUACUUUCAACUGUUCUCUCUGAAGUCUAAUCAGAUUUCUCAGUACAACGACCACGACGACCAUCUUCUCGUCUGAAACAAAAAUCGCCAGCCACUCGAGACGCGGGAAGUGAUGUCGUUUCUUUUUGACCAGUUAGCGCAAAAGGAAAAAGAAGUAGCAUCCCUCGAGGCUCAGCUAGCUGCGGCUCGCGCAGGGUUGCCUCCGUUUGUCCAGGCAGUGAGAAGCGUACCGGAUGCACGGAUACCGGAAUUGAUACAGACAGUGUUUGGAGGGUCAAAGGAGCCAGCGUUGAACGCACUGAAUUCUCAGAAUCCAGAGUCCGUGAAACACGCAGCGCGGGUCCUCGCGCUUCUCGCAGCGGACAAUGCGGCAAGCGUGUGGGACGAUUUGCGGUCGCAGAAGCUGUUGGAGACGAUGCUCACUGUCUUAAUGUUAUGAUAUGUGAAAGUGGGAUUGAGUGGAAAAAUAUUCGAUUUAUAUAUAUAGAGUGGGAGUGUUCGAAAAAUAUUAGAUUUAGAGCAUUAGAUUUAGAUGAUGAUGAUGAUGAUGCUACUUUUGUGUUGAUGUGUCUGGUAGAGACUCAUCGAAGUUGAUGAUAGACGCUUCUUCAGACCUUUUUCUGAUUAGGAGAAAAGCUUUUCUCCUCCUCCUAAAAUCCCCAACUCCCUUUCCAUGCAUGUCCCACCUUCAUCUUCCGGUCUUGGCCGAGGCGAAGUAACAGAAACCGAUAUCGAAGCCGGUGCUCAUUUGGUUCAUACUUUGGCUCGAUUUGCGUCCGAUCCUAGAGUGGAAGUGCAGCAAGCCCUAUGCGGCACAGGGGCUCCGGACGUUAUAGUAGACAAGAUGGUCUCCCCGGCUGGGACCACAGUAGGGGCGCUAGCGUCACCAUUGCUGUUUCAGUUAAGGCUUGGGCAAGUGAUGAUAGAGGGAUCAUUUUCGCAACGCAUGGUACUAGAUUUGACUGGAGGUCGUUGGGGAGUGAGUAACAAACAGUCAAUACUCUUGAGUGAAGAUGAUCAAAACAGCUCCGAAUUAUUUUUGUGUUGUUGAAAAUGGACAUAGCUUUUCUCUAACUCCAUAUGGCUGUUGGUUUUUCGGACUUCUAGCUGCGAAUCCAGAGACGAGGAGCUGGCUUUUGAACGGAAACAUGAGGUUUUUAACGGGCAUUGUCUUGGCAAUGCAAGCCUAUCCUUCAGAGCUAUAUGUGAUAAGAUACGGCGUUUCAGCUCUGCAUAGCGUUUCAGAAGCGUCUGCCGCGAAUAUGCAGGCGAAUACUCUCGGUAACCCAAAGGGCGACCCUGUGCAAUUACAGCAACAACAGGCGGCUGCCUUGUUGCAGCGUGGAGGCGGUGACGUUUUGAGGUUAGCGUUAGAAAAGUGGCCGGCGGAUCACUACAUAGUGACUUCGGCAUUGAAAGCUCUGUCGAACAUCGCUUGUACAGUCGGCACAGCGCCAGCACUAGUGGCUGCGGUGCCAGCAGUGCUUCCAAUAUUGAAAGAACAUGAGGUGCGGACAACAAGACACGCACUGCAGUUCAUGGGAGUUUUGGCAAAGUACUCAACAUUUUCUAUAAUGAAAUAGAAAUUACCAUUUGUGUCAGCUGCCAUUCUGUCUCUACGGUGAUCAAGAAUGGUCAUAACAGGGACAUACGCAUGAUUUGUUCAAUAUCAAUUGACUCUAGACGCCAUGAUGGAAGUGUCUUUAGUCGUUUACCUGCACAUUGACGCUUUUACGUCAUAAGAAAUACUGUUGGACAUGCGCUGGAUCUAUGAUUGUGAUGACGAUUGACUUGCGAUGACUUGAUAUUGAAUGCAGUUCCUGAUCAUUUCAGUUGCGCCUUCUUGAUCAAUCGCACUCAAGGAUGGAGAUUGAUUUUUUUUCCGUUUCGUGAUUUCUUGUGCUCAAGAUGGAAGUGUCUUUAGCCGUUUGAAAAGUUUGACUACUCUCUCAUGUUGAAAACUGCAGGGAUUCUCUAGCCGCCCAAGGAGAGAUGGCAGAGGAGCUUGGAGUAGUAUUGGACACUAUCCGAGCAGGAGUUCAGAACCCCUGCGAGGACUCAGAGGAGCAUGCUCUUAGUUUACUUGCGAAUCUAGCUAGGAAUCGUGGACUCAGGGAGGAUCUUGUGCGAUGCGGGGUACUUAUUAUUCCUUUUUUGAGCAGACCGGUUACUUAUAGAUUAAUUUGCAUAUCAUGGACAAACAACUCCUGUUGUUCUUCUACAUCGAUUGAGCUAAUUGUUCGACACAAAAACCAUUCCCAUCCCCCACACCAGAUCGUGGAUAUUUUUCUCGUCGCUGUGCAUGGCAGUCGCGGACGCGAAGCUACGCAUCAGAUUCUCAAGACCAUGGCUGUUUUCACUGGCGACAUGAUGCUUGUCGCCAGACUAGGUGAUACGGCGAGUGCUGUUUUGUUAAGGCUAGUGUUUCAUCCAUCCCACGUUCUGACUUUUGUGAGUGGCGGCCCCUCAGUUUCAGGAAGAGCGUGAAGGGAGCGGCAUUACGCCGCGGACUCAGGAGAGGACGAUGAGAAGCUACGUCUAAUGCUGUCUAUGAUGGACAGAUACAUCCCAGACGAGAAGGUUCAAAUGAACGGUUGUUACAUCCUAGGAACCCUGGCUGUGGAUCCUGUCAACAAAGAGAACAUAGGACGAGCUGGCGGCAUUCAGGGAUGCUUGACGGCUUUGCAUGCGCAUAGUCAAGCGCUUGCGCAGAAUCCUGGGGCAGCGACGAAUGGGAUGGCGGCGAAAGUAUGAUUUGAUUUUUUGUUUCUGUUGAUGGGUCUACUUCAUUGAAAUCUCUCUACUCCACAAGAUGAUUCUCCCUGCUUGCAACAUACCCAUCCAACAACCAGGUCCUUCUCUGAGCAUAUCUAUUUACUGACUACGCCGACUUCUUCAACGACCAGGUCCUACUACAAGCUUGCGCCGCUUUAGCAGUUUUAGCAGAAAUUAGUGCGCACAAAAAAGCCGUGAGGGAUGGCAACGGCUUGAAUGUGAUUUUAUCCACUCUACCUGCGUGCCUCGCGGAUGCGGAACUGGCCAAGCAGAUGUGCAAGCUGAUCGCGCUACUCGCUUUAGAUCCCCAGAAUCAAGAGGUAUUGUUGCAAAGAGGUUGCCCAUCGGAAAUCGUGAAUCUAGUAAUGAAGCAUUCCACAGCCAAGGACUUUCUCUACUACGCUUUCCGCUGUCUAGCCAACCUCCUGAGCGAGCCAUUGGGCAGUACUGCCUUGCCAGUGUUGAGGAUGGACUUUGUGGACGUCUUAGUCCGAGUAAUGAAGGAGCACCUAACCGAAGUGCGUGUCCAGGAAGGUUCUUGCGAAGUCAUCUCCGCUUUUGCAAGAUCCCAAGAGUAUCAAUCGGCGCUUCUCUCUCGCAGCGUCGUGCGCCGUAUCGUCCACGGUAUGGAGACGCAUACGAUGGCAGCAGACGUCCAGAGGAAAGCUUGUUGGGCGCUGGCGGCAUUGGCGGAUUCGGAUACGUCAGGCGCAGACAUGGAGCCUGCGUUUGAUGCGGUGGUUCAGGCUUUGCGAAAUUUCAGGGGCACUGUGGAAGUCGCAGAACAAGCUUGUGCGGCACUCACAGCAUUGGCGGUUACACCGGACGCGAGACAAGCGAUUGCAAGUUGCGAUGGGAUUAAGGGGGUACUAGUGAAAGUGUCGAGUACAACUUCCAACUUCCGACAAUUCUUUGAUCACCUAAAUUUUUCACCAUCUCUCCUUCAAAGCAAUGACUCUCGUUUUCCCCCCCAAAGCAAUGACUCUUUCAAAUCCUUCUACAGAUCCUGGACUGUCUCGAGGAAGUGAGAGGUCCCCUCGCCAGUGGCGUCUUUUCGCAUGGUCUCGGCGCAUUGGGUAAUCUCGCUGUUGAGGAAAAUCUGCGAGCCAUUAUUCUGGAAUCUGACGGCAUGCGAACUGCUCUUAGGAUUCUGUCUUCGAGUCUGGCAGACGCUAGAGUUUGUCAUCUCGCUUGUCUGGCAUUGGCGAACUUGGUUCAGUCGCAGGUUGGACAAAAUUUGCUCGUUGAGAUGCGUGGAGUCGAACUUGUAGCCGACGCUUUGAGGAAGCACAUGCGUCAUGCGGGUGUGGCGGAACAAGCUUGUGCGCUAUUCUGCAAUUUGGGUCCGACAGCGGGAGCAGGGCAGGGGGCUUCGGUUAUGAUCAGGAUUCAGCAUUGAUAGAUAUCAGAGACUCUGUACUUAUACUCGUAGAAUACGCAUCAAACCUUAAUCUCGCUCCUUUCCUCCCGGCCGCGCUCCUCCUCUCCAGCACACUUUCAUCUCCCGCGACCUUACGCGUACCAUUGCAGAAGCUGGUGGUUUAGACUUGAUGCUUGCUGCGCUGAACACCCACAUGCAACAGAGUCCGGAAGUAGUAGAAGUAGCCUGUUUCGCUUUGACGAAGUUCGUGAACGUGGAAGGACAGAGAGGGGAUCAAUACUUAUGGAACAUACAACUUCUCACAGUGAGAAGACCCUCAGCUAGAAAUUUGUAAAAUAGGAUAUCCAGCAGCUUUGGAAAACCGCGCAGGACCAAGAACUGUUUUGUUUCUUAUCUGUCCUCGAUUUUGGAGGAACCAGGCUCUCUCUAACCCCUCGACGCCAGAUGACGCGAGAAGUCGAAGCUCUGAGACGUGUCAACAAAGCUGCAACGACAUUCGAGUUGCGCGUAUGCACCAACGUUUUGUUGCGAAAACUAGUCGGCGACGCGCCAACGGGGAUAGAUCAAUUAGGCGGCAAUAUGGGACAGCUUGGCGGCGCUGCAGGAGGCCCUCCGGGACGCGCAACGCAUAAACAGACUGUAGUGGCCGAGCCGGACGUGAUGGACAUAUUUUAUGGUUGGUUCUUUCGGAUACGAGUGAAUAAGUCACUAGCAGUGUAAGUGCGUACUCGAAAUUCUCCAAACAAAAUUGCACUUCAUACUUGAAGAAUAUCGACGUAAUCAAAAGUUUUCGCUUUCAUAUCGGGAACGCGGAAGCGGCGAGAAAAAACCUGCUGCAGGGCAACUUUAAGCGCGCGCGAUGAGGACACUCUUCGGCGAUGAGCUUUUUUCUGUUCUUAAAGAUAAAGAUCUGCGUGAUGUUUCAAUUGAAGGACUUUCACAAAUUGUUACUGCCUUUAGGAUUUUCUACUCUCACAGACUAAAUGCGGAGAUGUACGAAGAAAUUGUAGAUACUUAGAACUAAUUACUCGUACGCAUGUUGAGAUGACAACUCACUUUCACUUUUAUUCUCUCAUUCAUUCGCUAAGUAGAAUAAGCCAAAUUCCAAUUCUUUCCAGUUUUUACAAACGGCAGAUAUCUGAUUGACGACAGUUUCACUUUUGAGUAUCUACUACUAGUUCUUGUGAAUGAUCGAGUCAAUUUUGAUGACAUAUCGUAGAUGAAAAGCAGAAUCUUACUUUGGACCAGUAAGCGCAUGCGCAACGAGAAGUCAUUUUUAUCCGUUUCAGACGAGUUACAAGAGAAGUGAAUCCUUUCCCAGUGUGUUGCAGAUUUCAUUUCAACUCCUACCGGAUGCAUUGUUAGAACCGAACUUUUGAAGCAGAUACGUAUUCACCUUUGCAAAGGGUGUCCGAUACUUCUUUGCCACAGCGGCGAUCC